AUGGAAGUGACUGGAUUCCGCGCCACCUCUUCAUUUCUUGGCAUCUACAGUGGCUUCAACUACAACUGUGAGCACUACAACACCAAUGAUCACUACCCCUACAAACGCAACCACAGAAAAUCUUACAAGCACCACACCUGUAACAAAUACAACUACUGUGUCUACAACAGCUUCAACUACACCUGUGAACACUACAACACCAAUGAUUACUACCCCUACAAACGCAACCACAGAAAAUCUUACAAGCACCACACCUGUAACAAAUACAACUACUGUGUCUACAACAGCUUCAACUACACCUGUGAACACUACAACACCAAUGAUUACUACCCCUACAAACGCAACCACAGCAAAUCUUACAAACACCACACCUGUAACAAAUACAACUACAGUGUCUACAACAGCUUCAACUACACCUAUGAACACUACAACACCAAUGAUCACUACCCCUACAAACGCAACCACAGCAAAUCUUACAAACACCACACCUGUAACAAAUACAACUACAGUGUCUACAACAGCUUCAACUACACCUAUGAACACUACAACACCAAUGAUCACUACCCCUACAAACGCAACCACAGCAAAUCUUACAAGCACCACACCUGUAAUAAAUACAACUACUGCAUCUACAACAGCUUCAACUACACCUGUGAAUGCUACAACACCAAUGAUCACUACCCCUACAAAUGCAAGCACAGCAAAUCUUACAAGCACCACACCUGUAACAAAUACAACUACUGCGUCUACAACAGCUUCAACUACACCUGUGAACGCUACAACACCAAUGAUCACUACUCCUACAAACGGAACCACAGCACAUCUUACAAGCACCACACCUGUAACAAAUACAACUACUGCGUCUACAACAGUUUCAACUACACCUGUGAACGCUACAACACCAAUGAUCACUACUCCUACAAACGCAACCACAGCACAUCUUACAAGCACCACACCUGUAAGAAAUACAACGACUGCAUCUACAACAGCUUCAACAACAACGCCCGGUUCAACUGCGGCAACAACAGCAACUGGUUCAACAACAACAGCAGCAGCAACAACAACAUCAUCAUCAACAACAACAACAACAGCAGCAACAACAACAACAACAACAGCAGUGGCAGUAGUUCGCGCACCAAUUGUUGUUGUUGCAGCAGUUUUGGUUAAACAAUUUGUACCUCAACUAGAAGAUAAAAGUAGUACACAAUUUAAGGCACUUGCGGCAGAAGUGGUGGUAGUGUAUGAAGUCAUCUAUAGAGCUAGAUAUGGUUUACUUUUCAGCCGUGUAAUUGUCAUAGCAUUCAG